CUGAACACAAUGGCUUCUAUCCGAUUCAACAAUAACUACAUUACUGUUAAGGCAAAUGCCAGCAUUGCUUUCAUCGAUCUUGAUUUCGUAGGUGCAAAUGUCCUUAUGAACAACACCCCAACCACAGCUCCAGUCACGGGGUUUUCUCAGAAAGCUGUUUCCAAUUUCAAGAAUAACAACCCGCCACCUAAGUCCUACAUUGUUUCUCAAGGACUCACAUUUCCCGAUGGAGCCCAUGUAACCAUUUCUGGUGGCGGGCAGGACGAUAAUUUCAUUCAAGCAACUGAUAGCAGUGGAUACAAAGCUUUCUGGCAAGUUCCUGGGGUAUAAAUAGCAAGAAGCUUGUUAGGGG